AUGCUGGGAUGUAAACUGGCGGACACUCCCAUCGUGGAAAAACAUUAUUUGGGGAAUUAUCCAGAUCAAGAACUGGUUGACAAAGGUAGGUAUCAAAGAUUGGUAGGGAGGCUGAUUUAUUUGCCUCACACUUGUCCAGAUAUUGCCUAUGCUGUAAGUGUGGUAAGUCAAUUUAUGCACUCACCAAGCGUGGAUCAUGUGGCGGCAGUAAUGAGAAUCUUGGCUUAUUUGAAGUCUGCACUUGGUAAAGAGAUCUUGUAUGUGUGUCAUGGACAUAUGAGGAUUGAGGGUUUUACUGACGCUGAUUGGGCAAGUGAUGUGACUGCUAGAAGGUCUACAUCUAGGUAUUUUACAUUUGUUGGAGGUAAUUUGGUCACUUGGCAAUGCAAGAAACAAAAUGUAGUAUCAAGAUCCUCUACUGAAGCCGAGUAUAGGGGAAUGGCACAGGGUGUGUGUGAAAUUCUUUGGUUACGGAAGUUACUUUGGAGUCUCGGUUUUAAACAGACAGAAGUAAUGGAGUUUUAUUGUGAUAAUAAGUCCGCUAGAGAUAUAGCUGAGAAUCCAGUACAACAUGACAGGACUAAACGUGUGGAGGUUGACAGACAUUUUAUCAAGAAAAGUUGGAGAAGAAGAUUGUGUCAAUACCAUUUGUGA